AUGGCAAAGAAACGAAUAGAAACUGCAAAGACAAAUAUGUUGGAAGCAAAGGUAAAGAACGAGGAAAAGAGAGCGCAUCGACUUAAAAUGAAGCUCAAUCGUCUUGAUAAACGAGUAAGUUAUGUUUUUAUUAUAAAUAAUAGAGAUUUUGAAACAAUUUCAUUUAUCUGUUUGCCUUGAUUUAUAUGGUGUUGUUUUAUAUGGUCAGUUUAUCACAUGUUAGCUGUCUGCAGUGCUUUAAUCUAUAUUUUAUAUGGUAGUACGCUCAUAAUAUAAAGCAGCAAAAUAGCCUGAAGCUAAAAUAUUGACAGUUCAACUUCAAGUCUUUAAACUGAGUUUAAAUGUUUGAUACUGCUGUUAUAGACUGACUAUUAAACACACAGCUUUUGUUUAGAUAUACAAAAAUGUACACUUGACCCCACCUUUCCCUUGGCUUGUACAUACCUAAUGUAUACUGGGGUGCUUUUUUAAGGAGGCAGUGGAAUAUAAAAUAGGAUAUACCCUAGGAUUGCUAGAAAUUUAGUACUGAGAGAUUGGUACUGGACAUGUCACCUGGCUUUGAUUAGACCAGUUUGUUUGCUGACACUGUCAGUGCACCUUAAUAUUUUUGUUAACACAUUUCCUAAAAAAAAUAUUGUGGUGCAGGGAUGCUGGAACCACAGGCGCCGUGGGUGCAAAUGCACCUCUUGACUUUUGUAUUUGGAACUUAAAAAAUGCAAGGAGUGCAUUUGCGCCCGUGCUUCUAGCAUCCCUGGUUAGUGCUCUAGUAUUAGACAAAUUAACCUAGUCAGCGGCAAAAGAUUGAGUGACAAGAUUAUAAUUUCUUGUUGUUUAACAUUAUAUAGGUAGCCAGUUUAGUAAAUGAAGUGGAGGAGAGGGUUGAAAUUGAAAAGGAAUUAGGAGGAGGCACUUUAGCUAGUAAUCAGGGAGGUAGAGCUAGGAAAAAGGUAGUAUUCUUGGGUGAAAAAGCAGCAGGAAUGAGGAGAAAGAACCCAACUACAGCUUUACAUAAGAAUGUCAGUGUGUCAACAGCUAGACAACGAUGCAAGGAAACCAUGCAGGCAGAUAUUGAAAUACAUGGAGGUUCACAGCAAGAUCUGCGUCCUGGCACUGUGGGCUUGUUGGAUACUUUGGAAAGCAGAUGUGAUGUUAAGGAUAUUGCAGAAGCAAUAAGUAGUGAUAGUGGUAGAAAGUUAAUGAAGAAUAAGGUUUUUCCCAAAGUUUAUAAGCAGGAUCUUUGCAUAUUUGAACGCUCAACUCAAAAUAUGCUAAGAUCUAUUGCUCUUUAUUAUGGUAAAGGGGUAAUGGGGAAAGUAAAGUAUAUGUCAGCAUGUAGCAACAUUGUGUUUGAGCGUUUGGCUGCAAAGAAGAAGGCUGUUCGAAUCAAGGUUGCCAACUGCCCAAUUCCAAAGCUUGUCCCUUACCAUAAACUAAUGCCUUAUAUUAGAUCUAUAGAUAUAGGUAAGUUAUUUAGUGUUAGGGAGACUCUCUGUGAUGGAUUGGAGGAUGCAGAGAAGAUAAUUGGUUGCUACCGUAACCUUGAAGAUCUAGUGCUUAAACUGGCCGAAUUUUAUUUAUGCAAUGAUCUUUAUGAUAUCCUUACAUUUGGUGUUGAACCUUAUACGUUUCAUAUAGCUUUAGGUGGUGAUGGUGCUCCUUUUGGGAAAGAUGAUACCGCAUGUGCAUGGCUUGUCAGCAUUCUUAACAUUGGAAGAGGAGUGCUAAGUAGCAAUGAAAAUUUUUUAUUGUUUGGCGCAAACUGUAAGGAAGAUUGUGUACCGGUUAAGCGGUUUAUCAACAUCUUAAUGAAAGAUAUUGGUUGGAAUUGAGAGCACCACUUACACAAUUGCAUACAAGGGUUCUUCUGUUCAGGCUAAUUUUUUUGUUUCAGAGCUGCCAAAUGACAUGAAAAUGUUGGCAUUUCUUGGUGGUGAAUUAAGUAACAGUGCCAAGUAUUAUUCUUCAUUUGCAGAUGUCACUGCUGACGAUCACAGGAAUGCAAAGGGGACACUUGGAAAGGAGAAAAACUGUACAUGGAAGCCUUGGGAAUAUGCUAAGAGGUUGGAAGUUGCUGCAGAAGUUGUGAAAAUGAAGGCAAAGGUAAAUGUGCAGCCAAUUUCCGAGGCGACUAAAAGAUCAAAGGUCACAAAAUUUAUAGCUGGAAAGAAGAGCAGGCAAGAAUUUGUUCCCCUAGUAGGUAGAGUUAUUGAUCGAGCACAUGUAGAUCCUCUGCAUCUGAAGAAUAAUAUAUGUGCCUUAGUCCAUUGCCAUAUUUUAAACCUAGUUAUGUCAAUGUCUAAACUCUCAAGUUCUGUAACAUGUUUUAACAAAGUUCCCCAUACAUCACCAUUUUUUGUUUACAUUGACACAUUAAGAUCAAAGUGUUGUCUUUCUAGGUUAGCAAAUAAAGUUCAAAAAUGGUUCAAUGAUACUAAUGGAAUGGGCAAAGACUUUGAUUAUAGGUUUACUGGGAAAGACUCGCGUCUAUUUUUGCAUAAUUUUAUGUUUUUAAUUGAUGUUCUUGAACGACUUUCCACAGAUAUGGCAAAGAAGGUUUUCCACAUCCACGCCUACCUUUGCUUGUGUUUGCGUGAAUGUGUGUCUUUAUUUUGUAGAGUUACAAUAUCUAAUGAACAGGUAAGUAGACUUCAGGAACUGUGCACUUCUUUUUUCCGUGGUUAUUUGUUGUUCUUUAACAUCAAUUCAACUAUUUGGACACUUGGUUAUGUUGUGCCAUCACAUACAAGAGAAAUGAAAGCUAAGUAUGGUUUCGGACUUGGUCUUAACUCUAUGGAAGGUAGGGAAGCGAAGCAUAUUGCUAUUGCUCAAUAUGCUCGAAAUACUGCAUAUCGCCAACGAUGGGAGCAAAUAUUUCUUCAUGAAUAUAUUUCCCUUAUUUGGUUACAUGAGAAAGGUUAUCGUACUAGCAGUAUAACUCAAACUACACUUUCAUAUAUUCCAGCACGUGUCAAAGAGAAUGGGUUUUGUAACUGUGGGUUAAGCAAGGCAGAAACCGAGGAUAAGUGCAGAUUCUGUAAUCAUAGUUUCCGGAACAAAAUUGAGGUUAGUAUUACUAAUUGCAAGUCAAUGUUCUGA